CCGAGCAAGACAGAGACACAGUUAGAGUGAGUGAAAGACAAGAAAGAGAAGACAAGAAGCUCGAGCUGCAGCUAUGAACCCUCCUGGGAACACUUAACCUUUCAGUCGCUGACCAAGAGAAUGGGCGCUGAGCCGAAGUAAGAUGGCCGCAGACAGAAUGGCGACUCCUCAGAGCAGCUCCAGACAGAGCAGCUCGCUCUCUUCGUCCCCAAUGAGUACCCGCAUGCAGUCUCUCCAGAUCGACUCAGUCCAGCGCUGGAUGGAGGACCUCCGCCACAUGACGGAGGUGGAGUGUAUGUGUGUCCUCCAGGCCAAACCCAUCGGGGUUGAGGAGGACGCCCAGCAGGGAGAGCUGAUUGUGGCCUCCGGGGUUGGCGCGGGGGACCACGUGGCCAGGAACAACCUGCAGACGCUCCUCCGCCGAGCGCUGGUGGUCAGCACGGAGCUUGGCAAGAUGUUCCAGCGACUGGAGAAGGGACGCUGGCAGAGGGUCCACAGCACAGCCGUGAGGGCGAACUGCCACGUCCGUUCGCUGGUGCAUGAGUACAGCGCCGCCCGAAGCACGCCACCUGAGAUGCAGAAGUAUGAAAAAUCUCUGCUGGAAAAGUGCAUGGAGCUGACCAACAUCACAGAGAGGUGCCUUCACACCGAUGACGAGUUCUUCCUGAAGUCCAUGAGAGAGGCCAUCCAUGAGAUCCUUACAGACGUCAGUGAUUCCUUCAGCAACAUGAUUGACAUGGCCUUAGCCAAUGAGAUCCGGGUCCUGAUCAAACAGAUUGACUCAUCGGACAACGUCCACACCAUCGGCAGUGCCAUCAGCAACCUGCUGUCCCUCACUCAGGACGGGCCUCAGCUCUGCAGCAUCAUUGCCAAGGAAGGAGCUGUGGUGGCCCUGUUUAAGAUCUGCAGGCAGGACCGCUUCAGAGACCUCUACGCUCACGCUCUGAGAACCGUGGCCUCCAUCUGCUGUGUGGAGGAGGGCAUCAACCAGCUGGACAAGGUGGAUGGGAUCCUUUGCCUGGCGGACAUCUUGACUGAUGAAAGCAGCGUGGAGGCAGCCAGGGCCGAGGCAGCGGCGGUCGUGGCUCAGAUCACCUCACCUCACCACACGUCCACACAGCACCUUGCCAGCUUCCUGGAGAGCAUGCACGACAUCGUCACGGCGCUCAUCAAGUUGUGCGAGAGCGCCUCCUGUGGUGAAGUAUUCCUCCUGGCGUCUGCAGCCUUGGCCAACAUCACCUUCUUCGACAGCAUGGCCUGUGAGAUUCUCCUGCAGCUCAACGCAAUCCAGAUCCUGCUGCAGGCCUGCAGAGACCGCCAGAGAGUCGACACACCCUACUCCAAAGACCAGGUGGUGACGAUCUUGGCAAACCUGUCGGUCUUGGAGCAGUGUGCUCCUGAAGUCCUGCAGGAACAAGGAAUUGAGCGACUGCUGCUGUUGCUGGGAGAAAAGCCGUCCUCCCCCAGUCCAUCAGAGGGCGCCGCUUGUGAGCGUGUUCAGCAGAAAGCUGCUGUCACAUUGGCCCGUCUGAGCAGAGACCCUGAUGUGGCCCAAAUAGCCAUCCAGCUAAAAGCUGUUCCUCGUCUCAUUGAACUCUGUCGCUCCCCUACUGAGAGAAAUAACAGCGACUCAGUGCUGGUCGCUUGCCUGGCUGCCUUGAGGAGGCUGGCAGCAGGGUGUCCAGACAGCAUCGAGGCAGCCGACCACCAGCAGCUGAUCAAACCGCGGCUAGUCGACUCUUUCCUGCUGUGUUCCAACAUGGAGGAGAGCUUCGUAUGACGGCCUGCGCGGCGAACACUGACAGCGGAGAGCUGAACUCAUCUACAAGCCCGCAUGUGCAUGUACUGUUUCAUGACACAGAGAGGACUAAUGAGCCUUUACACCCCAAAACAUUGCAUCUAUUUCCUGACUGGAGCUUUGUUUUGUCACUUCCUGUGCCCUGGGAAGAUUUUUUUGUCCAGAUUUCAUCAAGAGUUUGGGUGAAUGGAGUGAAACUGCAUCAUGUCCGUUUGAAUGGAUGCAGCAGACAUCUGUAUGUAAAUUUACAUAAAUGUGUUGCUGCCUAGAGCAACUCAGUGAUCACAUUAAAUGCAAUGAAGGUGUACGGCGUUCUAGAAAAAAGGUCAUUAGUUUGUUUUACUCCACCUUGAAUUUCAUGUCAGUAAUUAUAUGAGUAAGUAUUUUGUAUGAGUAGGUGCUACUUUUUGAAGAUGAAAGUACAGCCUGUUGUGAAAUGAAACACUUUAUAUGCUAUGUGCAAUUUAUUUGAUCUUGUCUGAAGAUAUUGUGUCCAGAUCAUUUUGGCUGACAACAGAGAAAGAUCCCUCACACAAAUGGACAAUAACACACACAAAAAAAACACAAACUGAAGUAUUUAGCAUUAGAGUACCAAAAUGUUUGUUUGGUUAAAUUCUCCUCAAGCUGUUUAUUGUUGUUCUGUUAAAGAAAAUGCCUUUUUUAAAAGGUUUUCAAUCAGCAGCCACUUUAUUUUGACAACCAUCUACAGCUAAAUUAUUACAGUCAGAUUGAAUUAUUAUGUUUUCAGCUUGUUAUUUGAGUGCUUUAAUCAAUAGGGCACUGUUAGUAUUUAAAAUGUUUGAUUGAGGCAUAUGGCAGCAUGAUUUAUUUGUCCAGGUGUACAAUAUGUCGUCUGUUAAAGCACAUUGUAUGGCAUGUUGAGUUAUUCUCUUGAAUUUAUUUGCCAUUAAUCUCAAAUAUCAUAUUUGCCACUGGAAAAUGGAUCUAUAAAAAUGGUCUUGAAUUGAAUAUAGAAAUGCUUUUUUAUUUAAAGAGAAUUACUAUUAGUGUAUGCCAUGCAUGGAAUAA